GACGUCAAAUGACAUGUCUGCUUUUGUCAGCAGCAACAACCAGCAGCCGAGGAGGCAGACAGUCGUUAGAUUAGCCAGCAACAACCAGCCGCCUGAAUGUAGAUCCGCUCCACCUCCAAAUAACCCGGCUUAACCAUAACAUACGGAUCCCAGGAUGGUGUUAGUGCAUGUAGGAUAUCUGGUUCUUCCCGUUUUCGGCUCAGUAAGAAACAGAGGAUCCCAUUUUAACCGGCAGCAGCAGUACAGCCAUGCUACCUCCUGCAGGCACUUCCAGUUAGGGCCUCAGGCCCCGCUGCCCAUGGACUUUCCAAUGCCCCACCCAGGGCAGCCACAGUCAGGCAUUAACCCCCACCUGGUAUCCCCAGGCCACCAGCAUGGCCCUCCACUCCACGCGCCCCUCAACCCCCUGCCAGCUCCCCAGUUCCAGGACAUCCACGCCCCUCCCUUCCUACCUCAGGCAUUACACCAGCAAUACCUCCUCCAGCAGCAGAUCCUCGAGGCCCAGCACCGACACAUCCUGCCACCCUCCAGUAGACGCACCCCAGAGAGAGUUCCUCACCAGCCCCACAGACUGAGACCUGGCUACGAGUUUGGACCCCCGCUUCACGUCCCACCUCAGCCAGUUGUGCAGCAGCCUCGCUACCUGGCUGAGGGCACAGACUGGGAUCUGAGCGUAGAUGCUGGACUGCACCCUCACCAGUAUCACAUCCACCCGCUACCGCAGCACUAUCAGCACUACUUGACCUCCCCCAGGAUGCACCACUUUCCUAGAAACAACGCCUCAACAACACAAGUGGUUGUCCAUGAGAUCAGAAACUACCCGUAUCCCCAACUGCACUUGCUGGCUCUGCAAAGUCUCAACCCUUCCCGCCACGCCUCUGCUGUCAGAGAGAGCUACGAGGAGCUUCUGCAGUUGGAGGAUAGACUGGGCAGUGUGAACCGUGGAGCCGUCCAAGCUAUCAUCGAGAGAUUCACUUUCCCCCACAAGUACAAAAAGAGAAUACCCCAAGACCUGAAGUUGUGUCUGGAUGAUGAGGAGCUGGACACAGAUGAAAAGUGCACCAUUUGUCUGUCGAUGCUGGAAGAUGGCGAGGAUGUCAGGAGAUUACCCUGCAUGCACCUCUUUCACCAGGCGUGUGUGGAUCAGUGGCUGGCCACCAGCAGGAAGUGUCCCAUCUGCAGAGUGGACAUUGAGACCCAGCUGACCCCGGAGAGUUGAUGGCUCCUGUCCACUCCUGCGGCUUCAGAUCCGCGCUCGUUAAUUCUCCAUCGCCUCCCUCCGGGAGGGGGAGCUCUGCCAAACACCCUCCCUUCCUCCCGCAUCACUCAAAGAGCCUGCCUUCUGAGACAGCUGCUACAGAGGGAUCAACAAAGCACACUCACGUACAACACAAAGCGAGAUGACCGGGGGAGGGGGGGUUGAUGCACAGAUACAGGAAGGUCAGCCGAGUGGACUUUAUUGGAUGCAAACAGUAGGAAAUGUAUGGACAGAUGUGCUGAGGCUUCACACGAUUCUGUCAGAUUGUGCACCCCUGUGCACAUUU